UGCUCUCUGCAUGCAUGAAUCUUUCGUGGAUAUUUUUUAGUUGGGGAACCAUCUAAAAAAAAUCGCCCAUGAUUCUCACUGACUUCUUCUUGAACCAUAACCAGGAGUGUCAGGGAUCUCGGAACAGCUAGCAUAGGUGGCCUUCUCAUAGAAGCCUUUCUCCCGUUACCAUUUUGACAAGAAGCCACAACCACAUGACUCAAGUUAGUGAGCUGCAUUGAAGUUGUCAACGAAACGACAACACAAACUUGUCGUUACAGAUGACAAUCGUCCCUACAUGGUGAGGUGACAAUAUAAAAGCCACCAUGUUACGGUGGCUCCGCAGACGAUGGCGUCGUUGCUUGCCACUCGUCUUCUUUGCUGCCAUCGUGGUGUUGAGUCUCAGGAAUGACAUGUCACCGUCAUCGGGCGACAGUAACGACCCGGACACAGUCGCAGGAUCGCCUAAGCAACAGACAGCGGGUCAACUUGUUGUUCCGCACAAAGCUGCGAACAAAGGGUUCAGAAAGAGCUUACAGGUGCUUCCAGAAAAGGACACAAAAUCCUCACUCGGAGAAGAGUUCCUUCCCAAACAACAACACCCGGAACCAGUGAAUUCCCGAUCACAAAAUGGACGGAACGCGCACCACCAGGAACCAAGGUUCAAAAUCUUCGUGUACGACCUCCCUUCGCGCUUCAAUACCAACCUGACGUCAUGCGUGCACACUCAUUCCGACGGCUGUUACAAGUUGGAUAACUUUGGCAUGGGACCGGAGCUGCGACGUCACGAUCACUUAUCCUACCGGGACACCCACCGGCUAUCCACAGAGGUCAUAAUUCACGAGAAAAUGCUGAAAAGCCGACACAGGACGCUAGACGCGGAAAAGGCAGACGCGUUUUAUGUGCCGUUUUACGCUGCGCUGGCGUGUAACUGUCGGAAAAACAUUGACGGGAACUUGCCCGGACUUUACGACGAGUUGUGGCGAUACCUCGCGAGUGUUACGCCGUACUUUGGCAGAUCCGGACCGCCUCGGAGACCGCACUUUAUGACACUGGGAAAGAUCGAACGGGAGUUUUGGGCGAGUAGUUGCCCACUUCUACGAAACAGUGAUCGGACUAGUGGAAUUACAUUCUUAACCGUUGAGCAGGAAGUGAAUGAGGAACUUCGUAAAUAUUUUAAGCGCAUGGACGCGAAAAUGAUCGUGGUUCCGUACCCAAGUUAUGGUCACUUCGAUUCGAGUUACACAAACUCUCUUGGAGUUGAGAAACCAGCAAGUUUCCCCAGUGACGUCAAACAAACCACUAGGGACGUGAGGAUGUUUAUGGCUGUCGGCAGUCGCAAAGGACACGACGUCCGGGUCAUACUCAAGCGAUACAUGACCGGGACAUCGCAGCGGUACGCAACGUUUACCGCGUCGUCGAGCAAGCAGCGACGGAACGCCGUAUGGUACAGCACCCCGGAGUGUCGCAAAGACAUGCAAUUACCGAUCAUCGACUGGAUGAGACAUGCCGUGUUUUGCCUCCAACCACCGGGUGAAUCUCUAACCAGGAAGUCCUUCUACGACUCUGUCAUGGCCGGUUGCAUCCCGGUGACUUUCAAACCCAAGAAGAGAUCGGCGUCCGUGGUUUAUCCGUUUCAGGAUAGCCUGGACUACUCUCGAUUCUCUAUGAACAUCCCACUGGACGAGGUCCUAUCCGGAGCGGUCCGCGUUCCGGAUCGACUGAGGAUUAUCCCGGAUUCACGAAUCACUUACAUGCAGCGGCAAUUGGCGGAAGCCGCUCCUAAGUUACAGUACUCCUACCCACCAACGUCGGAGGACGGAGAUGCAUUUUCGAUGAUCGUGGAAGAAAUGAGGAGAGUGGCUGCGUGAUGAACAGGGAAUUGUACCCAACUAGAAGCCUAUGGUGCCACCACAUUGGUCAUGCUCCCUGAUACGUUAAUGGAUGAUAUAAUUCAUUGUACAAAAAGAAACCAGUCUAUUUUUCCUUCCAGCCUCGGUUUGGUUACAUUGUUACAAACAGGAGGGUAAUCAUGAUGACCGUACAUGAUAAAGAUUUAUUUGCACGUCAUUUUGGCGUCCACCCUCUGUGUUUUAUGUAUUUGAUGUGGAAUUUUUUGUUUGACUCAAGGCCCUACUCAAAAUCGGCCUCAACUCAAAUACAAAAUUUACAUUCUGUAAAUUUCGCAACCGCCAGAAAUCAAAUUGGUUUUGAAACUGCUCUGAAAUAAAACUGAAAGGGGAAGUACUUCAUAAUUAUAUUUUUUCGGCAAAUCUUUCAGUUGGUUACGAGUUACGACGACUUUAUCAACCAUUUCUGGAAUGAUAAUAUCAUCUGCCCACUGAAAAACAUUGUAAACUUCUGUUUUAAGAAGCAUCCGGAGACACCAGCUUUUCGUGUAUAAAUCGCUCACCAGUAAUGCCCCUGCAUAUAUUGAUGAUCUUCUCAGCUCAUACAAUCCUCCUCGAAAACUCCGGUCUUAUAAUUCUAGC